UUAUUUGUCUUCGAAUUCACAUUUCUUCUAACCUCCCAAGUAUCCAAGGUUGAAGCUUGGAAUCUCUCUCUCUCUCUCUCACCUCUUUUGUCUGUGUUGUGAAUGGUUUAAGGAUGAAGAAGAUUAAUCUGAUACUAAAGAAGUGUAAGAGUUUGUCAAUGCAAUUGGGUAGAUCCUCCUCUUACAGUAGUCUCAGGUCUAAGUCCACCAGAGAAGAAUUCUGGGGAGAUAUGCCAGAAGAUGAGCAACGUGAAACUAUAUUCGUCGGAAGUUCCAGGAGGCGCUACUCGAUCAGUUCAAAGCACCUGAAUCAUCCUCUUAUAAGUGCUCUAAUUGAGAAGUCAAAGCACAACACUGGUGACGACAGAACUGUGAAAUGUGAAGUGGUUCUUUUUGACCACCUUCUGUGGAUGCUUGAGAAUGCCGAUCCCAACCUCACGUCGGAGUCCUUGGAAGAAUUAGCAGAGCUCUAUACCUACUGAAGCUCAAAGAUCUGGGAUUUGGCCAGGUAAGACAAAAGGCAUAGCUCGAGGAGUUUGAGGGUUAAAGGAGAGAUCCAGAGACUGCUACCUCUAACCGAGUUGUAGACUUUUCAUUUAGUUUCUUUUAUAUAUUUAUUUUUGUUAUUUAUUUAUUUUUCUGCACUUUUCACCUUUAGCAUUGUUAGAAUCUUAUUUUAAUAGAUUAUAGUUUAAUUAAUUAAAGUUUUGUGUUCUUGCAACUUCCUAUCGUGUUAUUUUUUCCGGAUUAAAGUAUGUAGUGAUUUUUCCCU